AUGGAAGAUCUCCUUUAUGUGAAGGAGCUUCAUGUUCCAGUCUUCGAGGAGAAGAAACCUGAGGAUAAAACUGAAGAUCAGUGGAAGUUGCUGCAUCGCCAAGUGUGUUUGAUAAGGCAAUGGGUAGAUGAUAAUGUGAGGAAUCAUAUUGAAAAUGAGACUGAUGCUCGUUCUUUGUGGAAUAAGCUGGAGUGA